CGAAGCCUUUCAAAUAAAUAAAAUCAAUUAUUAAAAAAAGCAGAAGAAAAGAAAAGGCAGGAGGCUUAAUUGUUAAACACCAGAGUCCCUCAGCUGUAGGAGACAGCCUGGCUUGCCUUGCACUGCCCGGAGUGGGAGAGACCCACGGAAGACACAGUUGCUUCCAAGGUGCAGACCGCCCCUGCUGGUUUUAAGCCAGGGCUGGGACCCUUUUGUGCGUCUCCUGAAGGAAGCUGCCUCCCACAUCUGCACCUGCACACACUGAACCAAUCUUCCAAAUGCAGGGUCAACUCUCCCUGUCCUGGGCCAGACCCCUUGUUUUCCUUGUGUAUCUAGGCCUUCCCUGCACUCAGACUGUCAUAGUCUCAGGUGGCCUGACUCUGAGUGUGGGAGCCAGCAGGUCAUCCUGGCAGGAGAGCCGAGGGCAUCAGUGUCCCGGGCUGGGGAGAGGCAUGCAGAGAUCAAUGCUGGGCUCUACUUCCAGUUGCCCUUCCCUUUUGCUGUGUCUGAUGUUCCACUCCCUAGUCACUGGCACUGUUCUUUGCAGACACUUAUCCCUAGCUGGGACCACUUCCUGUCCUCUUUCUCCUUGUGUUUCAACGUACAGAGAUGGCUUGACUUGGGUUCCUACAGAGCCAUUCUGGAUGCUGAGCUGGAUGAGGAAUGCAGGCUCAGAGAGUGAAUUUCUCUAACGUGUUUUGGGUCCUGUAGUGUGGACGGACAGGAUGUGCAAACACAGCCUUGACUUGGCCUGAGUGUCAUUUGUGAGUGCUGCUGCUGUGUGAAGGACUGCAGUGGGCACUCGAGUAUGCCUGUGUGCAUUGUGUAGGCACCUGAGUGUGACUCUGGGUACCAGUGAGUGCACAGGAAAGUAAGGAAGAAGAAGUAGAGUAAGCAGUUGUUGCUUGUCAGGACACUGUGAAAGAAACACACACACAAACAUACAGAGCACAUCACAAGUCCAUUGCAAGUGUUAUUGAAGGACAUGUUUAUCUUGGCACAAAAAUGUGAAGUCCAAGCACAGGAAUUUAACAACUUGCAAAAGCUGUCCAAAGAGCAGAGAGGUGGGGACAAGAUAAAAAGGUUCUAGAAAGAUAAGGGUCAGGUGGGAAAGCAGAGCCCAUAUAAUUGAACCAGGGCUGGGAUCCUGGGCAGCUCCCAACCAGAUCUCUGUUUCCUCACUGCUCUGCUGUUACAGCAGUCCACACUCUCGUGUCACCCCAGCCUGCCUGUGUGUUCCCUGAAAAGCCAUGUGGGGCUGCCUGGUGGCCCUCGUGGGUCUGUUCUUCCUGGUGCGCUGGUACCGUGAGAGGCAGGUGGUGAGCCAGUUGCAGGACAAGUAUGUCUUCAUCACGGGCUGUGACUCGGGCUUUGGGAACCUGCUGGCCAGGCAGCUGGACAUGAGGGGCCUGAGGGUGCUGGCCGCGUGUCUGACAGAGAAGGGGGCUGAAGAGCUGAGGCGGCAGACAUCGGACAGGGUGGAGACGGUGAUCCUGGAUGUCACACAGACAGAGAGCAUCACUGCGGCUGCCCAGUGGGUGAAGGAGCACGUGGGGGACAGAGGACUCUGGGGCCUGAUGAACAAUGCCGGUGUCGCCUUGCCCUCGGCCCCCAAUGAGUGGUUGACCAAACAGGGCUUUGUGAACAUGCUCAACGUGAACCUGCUGGGGAUGAUCGAGGUGACUCUGAGCCUGCUGCCCUUGGUGAGGAAGGCCCGGGGCCGCGUGGUCAAUGUCUCCAGCUUUCUGGGCCGCCUGUCACCAUUUGGUGGUGGCUACUGCAUUUCCAAGUACGGCGUGGAGGCCUUCUCAGACUCGCUCAGGAGGGAACUCUCACCGUUUGGGGUGAAGGUGGCCAUGAUUGAACCCGGUUACUUCCAGACCAACAUAGUGGACAAAAAGAAAUUUAGGCAGUCUGUGGAGGCCAUAUGGAACCAGGCCAACCCCGAGGUCAAGAAGGUCUAUGGCCAGGAGUUUCUGGAAGCCUACAUUAAAUUGAGUCAUCUAUUGAAGCCACCCUUUGGGCAGGACCUUCACAUGGUGACAGAUUGUAUGGAGCAUGCACUGACUGCAAGCCACCCCCGCACCCGGUACUCCGCUGGCUGGGAUGCCAAGUUCUUCUACAUCCCUCUGAGCUACAUGCCCACCUGCCUGGUGGAUGCCAUGAUCUGCUGGUUGAGCCCAAAACCAGCCCAGGUGCUGUGAAGACACUACCAGGUUUCCUACAUAUGUACAGCUGGGAAUAUUAAGGUGUGUG